AAUCAACGGCAUGCUGCACGUCAUGAAUGCUCAGACUCACUUAGUCUCGCUUGCCCGUGUGUUGCCCCGUCACUCUCAUUGUGCUGAUGCCAUUUGGUUGUGCGUGACCGUGUCUGAAGCUGGCGUACAGGUCCUUCAGGCCCUCCCGCUCCCGCUGGUGACGCCUCCGACUCCACCUCCCCCGGCACCGUCCUCCACCCCACCACCACCACCACCACCACCACCACCACCACCACCACCACCACCACCACCACCACCACAAGUUGCGGCUGCUCCACCGACGGUCGGGCUUCCUGCUCGGGCUCCGGCGCAGACCAGGGUGGAGCCUCGUGGCGUCUCCGUGGAGGAGACGCCGUGCGGGGAGGCCACCCUGGCGCCGGAGCCGAAGAAGAAGAGGAGGAAGACGACGACGACGGGCGACGUGGAGCAGCCGGCAACGCCCGCUCCUGCUCGGGCUGAGACCCGGUUGCCUGAGGGCUGGCGGACAGCCCUCACCGGGGCAGAGCAGGAGUGGAUCGGCCGGGCGCUGUUCCAGCAGACCAGCGGGGGGUCCCUCAAGCUAACCACGGACCUCAAGCUGUGGUGGGACCCCCCCCAGCCCCGGCUGAACUAUACUCAGCCACCCGCCUCGGCGGCUGCCUUCUUCGCGUGUCGGUUGUUCCUCUGGGCGCCCCUGCACAUGUGGGGUCCCCGGCCGACAUGCUGCCAGAAACAUCUCACCAAGUGUGGGAUGUACAAGACCAUCCGGAAGGUCUUGGACAUCGACGGCUGGUACUUGAUGGCCACCGAGUACCUGGAGUGCCGUCGGUGUCGGAGGAAGGUAGCCGCCUGGUCGCAGGAGGUCGUGAGGCAGCUGGGAGAGGGGCAUCGCGCCCUCUUCCCGGCGAUCCUCACCUACAAGCUUGCCUGCGACCGGCGGGUCAUCAUCCAGCUGCGUGAGCGUACUCGGGGGAACAGCGCCACGCAGCUGCAAAAAAAACUCUGUGAGGCACACACAGAGGCCUGGAUGCGGCGGUCCAUACACUACCUCAGCGUCAUGGAGCCCUUCACGUCGACGGGUGUCGUGCGCCAGUGCACCCCACCGCCGAAACCAUCGCCAGACGUGCCGCAGUACGGCUGGCUGUUGGUGGUGUACUGCCACGACAUCCUGUCUCGCCUGGAGGACGUGAAGGCCCGGGUCACCUCAGUCUUCGGAUCCAUCUUGAAGAUGGAUUCGACCAAGAAGGUGACCCGGAAGCUCGCCGGUGCCGCCGCCCAUACCGCAGCCUGGGCGACCAACGUGGGCAACGAGCACGGGCAGGUGCUAAUGUCCGUGCUCACGGCCACCGAGGGGGGUGGCCUGUUGCCCAUGGCCGCGGGGUUAAUGCGGCGGUACCGGGACGCUGGGGGUGUCACAACCGAGAGCCACCAGCUCUACAAGCCCUUCCUGCAGCAGCUGUCCGCCAGUAUCUUCCUGUGGGACCCAGAGGACACAGCCCGGUUGCUCAACGCCAAGAGGAGGACGCUAGAGGCGCAGGGGAUGACCUUCUCGUCCGAAGCCGGAGUGUGGAGGCACGUCAGCCGCAGGGAGAUGGCUCUCCAUUGCCGUCGCCGCACGCGUGGAGCUGCGGCGACCGAGCGGCUGAUUGAUGACCUCCUGCAAACCUUCGGCGGUGCCAACGGGCGAGACACCAUGGGGAUUCCCCUGCUGGACCGAGACCGCAUCCAGGACCCGCCGGGCGUGGAGCUGUACACGGAGACAGGCAGGCUGACCAAGGGGGGGAUCAGCCUGCCGACGUACCGUUGUGCGCGCGGCUCCACGUCCCUGGAGUCGUUCCAUCUCCACCUCAACCGCUUCAUUCCAGGAGAAAGUGCCAACCCUUGGCACUUCCAGGCUUUUCUCCUGGAGGGGUUGGUGAGAUGGAACGAGGACAGGGCGGCGUCCGCGGCACAGGAGGGUCGUCCGCUGCUCCGCACCUACAGUGGCCCCCUGCAGCACUCCCUUGACCAGCUCAGCCAACGGGUGCUUGGCUCGAGUUUGGUCAGGGACUACACCAAGCCCAGGGAGUACACGGGGGAACUCAUCGGCAUCGAGUACCUGUACUCCCAGACGGGCAGAGUGCUGCAGGACGUCAGCUUGGACCCUGACGUUCCGGACGCGGGUCCACCGCCUACCGAGGAGGACGACGAGCUCGCCGAAGGCCGGCAUGAGUUGGAGGACCUCACACUCCACGGCAACCAGCUGACGCACCCGCGCCCCGAGCCAUCCCGUCCGACCGAUCCCCCCGAGCCCGCGCCCCGCUCCCCCGGCCGGUCCUCACCAGAGCCUCAGCAGACCGCUGAGGACUACCGAGGACCAGACGACCAGCCGGGGUACCUGGCCGUGGUCCGCUUGGCCACGGCCUUAGUGGGGCUGCGCCACGAACAGGCCCUGUCCGAGGGGAGGGUAGACGAGCUCAUCGGGCUCUACGAGGCCCUGUCCCCGUUCGACAGGGCCCGAGUAGUUUACCCUCCCCGCUACACGGACGGGGCAGCUCGGGGGGGUCGAUUCAUGGCAGCGAAGCCAGGCCGCACCAGUAUCCCUGGUGUGGAGAGCCUGCGACGCUGCCUGGUCGGACAGACCUCUGGACCCGCCAGCAGUCCCAGCACAAGCCGGCUGGUAGAAGCAGUGUGCGUCCAGCUCUGCAACCUGUACCCUACGGGCACCCGUGUGCAAGGCGGCGCCCGGGGUACACGGUGGGACAGCGCACUGCUUCGUUACCGCCACAUCCGGGAGCUUGUGCUGGGACACCAGAGGUUGAUGGCUCGGGCGCCCGUUCAGCUCUUUGAGCUGAACGCUAGGACCCUCUCGCUGUGGUUUACCCGGACGCAGCGAGAGAAGGAGAGGGCUGUGCUGACUCCAGGCGUUGCAGCAGACGGAGGACGACCACCGGCGGCGGCGGCCGCGGCGACAGCGCCGGGCCCGGCCUCAGCAGCGGCGGUGGAUCGUCCGGCGGCAGCAGCAACGGCGACGCCGGCGGUGCCUCAAGGCCGGGCGACGACAGCGGCAGCGAGGGGGGCGGCGGCGGCGGCCCCGGCAGCGGCACCGGCUGUGGCAGCACCGGUGCCCGCUCUGCCGGCGCCCAGACGGCUACUGGCACCUCGACAGCCCGCCCCCUCGGCUGCUUACCCGGUCUUCCUGCCGACGGCUGCUGCUGCCGCAGCUGCAACUGGACCUUUAAGAGCAGCACAGCCUCUCCUUGUGGACCUCUCACUGCCCCGGCAGUAUGUGUGGGUGCUCCCCGUCCCCCCCCCCCUCCUGACGCUCCCUCGGACAUUGCCGGCUCCACACGUCCUCCCUCGGCCGCUGGCCGCCGCACAGCACGCCGGCCCUGAGCUGCCUGUAGCCCUGCCCGCCGCACAGCACGCCGGCGAGCUCCCUGCACAUAAGUGCAGUAAAUGCGGCCAGCCGAGGCGGAGGGAGACCGGACACUCCCGCCACGGCAGAGAAUACUUCUGCUCUGUCGCGGCGGGUCAGAGUGUGGAGGACUGGCUGAGGGAGAAGAAGGAGCGGGACCAGGGUGGAGCCCCGCGCUGA